GGGGUUCUCCCGUACUGCGCUGACGGCUGCAGUUGGAACUUCGGUAUCGUGUGUGAGGCUGGGCGGCGGCGGGCGCUUGGGCAGCAGGCAAAGAAGAUACUGUGCUGUUACCCAGUUGUCACAGUUAACUGGAUUCUACUAAUCUUCAAGACUUCUAUUGGACUGAAAGUAUUAGUUGUGACAAUGACAACUGAAGUUGGCUCAGAGACUGAAGUAAAGAAAGGUUCUGAUCAGCUGGGACCAGAGAAAGCCGAGGACAAACCUGAAGAAGCAUCAGAGACUCCAGAAGAUCAAAAGUCCAAGGAAACAUCCUCUGAAGAACCUAAAGAUUCUUCCUCUGUCCCAGCACCAACUAGCCAAAAUAGUCCAAGUAGCCAGAAGAAGGAAAAAACUUCACCUGAAAGCAAGGGUAUUUCUCGUUUCCUUCCUCCCUGGCUUAAGAAACAAAAAUCUUACACCUUGGCAGAGCCUAAAGAUGAGACCAAGAAGAGGACAGGGGCACAGAUAGCUGAAGAAAGUGAAUGCCAGACACCAGAGGGGGUGUCUCAGCCAAAAAAGAGCUUAGAAGUAUUAGUGGCUGAAAAUCAGCAAAAUGCUAAAGCAAAUGACAAAGAAGAAAAUCACUCUGUUAGUAGUGCUGAAACACAGCCUGCCAAAGAAGAUGGUAAAGAGACAAAAGUAGAGCAAGUUGCAGAGGAAAAGGAAGAAAAACCUGAAGGAAAAGAAAAAAGGGAGACAAAAGAAGUGCAGACAGCUGAAACUAAGCCAGAAAAUAUUCCUCAGAAGUCUCCCAAGAAAAUUAAAACUGUGCAGUGUAAAGUGAUGCUUCUGGAUGGCACGGAAUACAGCUGUGACCUAGAGAAAAGAGCAAAAGGCCAAGUGCUGUUUGACAAAGUAUGUGAACAUCUCAAUUUACUGGAAAAGGACUAUUUUGGGCUGCUGUUUUAUGAGAAUUCAGAGCAGAAGAACUGGCUAGACUCUUCAAAGGAAAUUAAGAGACAAAUUCGAAGUUUACCUUGGAUAUUCACCUUUAAUGUGAAAUUUUAUCCCCCUGAUCCUUCACAGUUGAUUGAAGACAUCACUAGAUAUUUCUUGUGCCUACAGCUUCGUCAGGAUAUUGCUUCUGGUCGACUGCCAUGUUCUUUUGUGACUCACACCCUCCUUGGUUCAUACAUGCUGCAGGCUGAGCUGGGUGAUCAUGACCCAGAGGAGCACCGCAGUGGCUAUAUCAGUGAAUUCCAAUUUGCACCCAAUCAGACUCAAGAAAUGGAAGAGAAAGUAGCUGAGCUACACAAAACACACAGGGGCUUAACUCCAGCACAGGCGGAUUCCCAGUUCCUAGAAAAUGCAAAGAGACUCUCCAUGUAUGGAGUGGAUUUACACCAUGCCAAGGAUUCUGAAGGUGUGGAUAUCAUGCUGGGUGUAUGUGCUAAUGGCCUGCUCAUUUACAAAGAUAGACUCCGGAUCAACCGCUUUGCUUGGCCAAAAAUUCUUAAGAUUUCUUAUAAAAGAAGUAAUUUCUACAUCAAAGUCAGGCCAGCAGAAACUGAACAGUUUGAGAGCACUAUUGGGUUCAAACUGCCAAACCAUCGGGCUGCUAAAAGGUUAUGGAAGGUCUGUGUGGAGCACCAUACUUUUUUCAGGCUUGUAUCACCAGAGCAGCCUCCAAAAGCAAAGUUUCUAACCCUGGGUUCCAAGUUCCGCUACAGUGGCCGUACACAAGCACAGACGCGACAGGCUAGCAACCUCAUAGACAGACCAGCUCCAUACUUCGAACGCACUUCAAGCAAGCGUGUUUCCAGAAGCCUUGAUGGAGCUCCUAUGGGUAUCUCAGACCUAAGUCUGCUAAGAGACUUCCAUGCUACUGGAGUGCAGACUGCUGGAGGUAAAGGAGUUGACAGUGAAGCUGCUGGUCAGGCUAAGUUAAAUGAAGAUGGUGGAGAAGAUGGAAGCCCAGUCAAAACUCCACAAUUAGAACUGACUCAGGAUGGAAAGAGCAAUUCCUUGAGAGUAGACGGGGAAAAUAUUUAUGUCAGACAUAGCAAUUUAAUGUUGGAGGACCUGGAUAGGACCCAGGACGACUUACUGAAACAUCAGGCUAGCAUUAGUGAGCUCAAGCGCAAUUUCAUGGAAUCCACACCUGAACCACGCCCAAAUGAGUGGGAAAAGCGGCGUAUCACACCUCUGUCCCUACAGACACAAGGGAAAAAAGGAGACCACAUUUUCCAAGUGAAAACGCUGCCUGGGAAGGAGAUGCAAUGGAGUGGAAUGCCAUGGAUUGCUGGAGCAAAACCAGAGGAAACUGAUAAGAGCCUAGAAGAGGAGAUUACGUCCAUUUUGUUUAGUAAAGAGGGCUUUUGCGCUGGCACCAGAGGGCCCUUCGCCGCCACCAGCGUUGGGCCAGCAGAGGGCGCUGCGGGGGAAGAGACUGCCGCCUCGGCCGCGCCGCCGCCCCAGAGGCAUGCUUCCAGAGCAGAAGGGCCGUGUACUGGAGUCAGCGAUGCUGAUAAGAGUUCACAUGAGACUCUUGACAUAGUGGAGGAGAAGAAGCAGGCAGAGGUUGGGAUAGAAGAAGUAAUACUCGUAGAUGAAACCAACAAAGGGAAAAUGCAAGUUGCCACUGAUGCUGGGGAAACAUGUAAGGUGGAGCAUCUGUCAAAAAAGGACUCUUCCUCAUUGCCAACAGAUAGUAGCAGCAGCAGCAGUAGUAGUGAGAGUGAGGAUGAAGAGGUGGGAGAAUACCAGCCACAUCACAGGACAAUUGAGGAAGUCAUCAGGGAAGAACAGGAAGAAGAGGAAGACAUGAAGAGGAAAGAACAUGAAGAAAAAAUACAGCAUGUGGAAGCCACACCAGAAAGCAGUAAACUACAUGUACCAGUUGAGCAUACACAAGUUACAGCUGAAGAUUUGGUCCAGGAAAAUGCAGUUGCUGUAGCUACAGAGAAGACUUUGUCAGAGGAAAUUAAGCAAGAUUUAGGUGAAGAAAAAGAGGAAGAGCUCAAACUCAAUGGAGAUGUGUCUCAUGUUGACAUUGAUGUUGCACCACAAAUAAUUUGUUGUUCUGAGCCUCCAGUAGUGAAAACAGAGAUGGUAACCAUUUCAGAUGCUACACAGAGAACUGAAAUCUCCACUAAAGAAGUUCCAAUUGUUCAGACAGAAACUAAAACUAUCACAUAUGAAUCUCCACAGUUUGAUGGCAGUGCUGGUGGCAAUGCUGGUGUGCUGCUGAGUGCCCAAACAAUUACAUCAGAGUCAAUUUCUACUACGACAACCACACACAUCACAAAGAUGGUAAAAGGUGGGGUAUCAGAAACAAGAAUUGAGAAGCGCAUUGUCAUUACUGGAGAUGCAGAUAUUGACCAUGAUGAGGCCCUGGCACAGGCAAUCAAAGAAGCCAAAGAACAGCACCCUGACAUGUCUGUCACAAGAGUGGUGGUGCACAAAGAAACUGAGCUUGCUGAGGAAGAUGAAGAGUAAAGCAAAUAUUUCAGAAGUAAAAAUGAUACGGACCUGAUCAUAACCAUGAAGAACUGUAACCAUUCCAAGUCACCACUACUCUACUGAAUUCACCAAGCCUAGCAAUGAUGACCAGAUGCUCAAGAUUUAAAUGCCUAUACCAAACUCCAUUUUAACAUCUUUGGUCUAUAUUCCCUUAAAAUCUUUCUUGUUUAUUUUUAUAACCACUUCUUAACAAUCUUAGAUUAUUUUUUUUAAUGAAGUUUUAUAGGGUAUGAUCUUCUUUUGCACAAAUACUUGUAUUUUUGAAGCUUAUUCUUGAUUAUAUGAAAGUGAACAAAAAAGUCUGACAAGCAUUGUUCACUGGAGCAGGUGGUAAUUGUGCAGGAAGAGGAAUCUUUACUAAUUUAGAUAUAUUUUUUUCCAGAUACUUCAAGUGAAGUCUUUUACUGGAGUAAUUUACAGAUUUUUUUUUUCUUUCAGAUUAUUCAGGUAAAUAUAUGGUAUCAAAUAACAAAGAUUUUUGUAAAAAUACAGCAUUUCCUAAAAUUUGAAAAAAUAUAUUUCUUUGGAUAAAUUUUAUACUGAUAUCUCUGUAACUCUUUCUGUUCUAAGGUUCUCUGUGGAGCAGAGAUGGUGUGGCAAUCUAUAGAGGAGAAAGAGUUUCAGACAUUGCUUCUGACUGAGCACUGUGUUCUUUUUGCACUUUGGUGCCAAUGGUCAACUUUUUGUAGCCAUUUUGCUGUCUGCAACAUUCCAGAUAAGGAAAGGAGGAAGACAAAAUCUUUUUCUUUUUUCCAACAAGAGAUGAUCUAGGCAGCUUAAAACCUUAGUGCUUUUUUCUUACUGUGUCCCAACUUCAGCACUUCCAUUAUUUGAAUACAUGUGUAGAAUGCUCACUUUCUAUUAAACCUCACUGUCUCCAUACUAGAACUGACAUUUCUGCUAUAGAGAAGAUAUACAUUUCAGAUGCUUCAUCUAAUGGUUAUUGAAGGUUUUUAGGGUACUGAGUAAAAGCCAUACAAUGGGCUCCAUCCAUAAAACAGUAAGACAGUACCACCAUUUGAGACUGCCAUUGAGCAAACCUGUUAAUUAUUUUGGAUUUUAUUUUUAUGUUGUUCUUGCAGGGGGUUGUUUGGUUUGGUUUUGUUUUGGGUUUGGUUUUUUUUCUUGUUUUGGGUUUUGUUUUUUUUCUGUCAACUCUGUGUAUAGUUAAAAUGCCAAAUUAGAUUUAUAGCAGCUUGAAGUUGUAUUAAGUGAUAUUUUGCUUUCUGUAAUUCUGUUAUAAAAUAAAGUUGUUUAUUCUCUGUAUGA